GCUGAACAUCUCAUUGCGCAGUACAGCUCCAUAAAAAUGCUUCACAACAGAGUUAAAGUGAUACUUGAAUACAUUAAAGCAGUUGAGGCCGGUGAACUGCCACGAAAUCAUGAAAUACUUCGAGAAGCAUACAGCCUUUGUCACAGAUUACCUGUGCUCAACACAGAUAGGUUCAAAGGAGAUUUUUAUAAUCAAAAUAAUGAUGUUUGCUUGAUGUCAUAUUUAGGAACCAUCACUAAAGGAUGCAAUACAAUUAACCAGUUUGUCAACAAAUUCAAUAUACUAUACGACAGACAAGGAAUGGGAAGAAGAAUGAGAGGACUCUUUUUCUAGUGCUUUGCAACCCUCUGAUUCCAGAAUGAAAUAAUCUCUCUCUGCUGGUCAACAUGUCUGAUUUGCAACCCCUGCUCUAAGAAUGGAAUAUUCUUCUCUCUACUGGUCAUCCUGUCUGCUUUGCAACCCCUGCUCUAAUAAUGCAAUAUUCUUUCUAUCUGCUGCUCAUCAUGUCUUUGCAACCCCCUACUUCCAGAAUGGAAUAUUCAUUUUCCCUUAUGAUUAUUACCAGUAUGUCUGCUUUGUAACCCCAUCUACAAGAAUGAACAUUGUUUAUCUCUAAACUGCUUUAAGAAUGGAAUAUUGUUUUUAAUGAACAUCCUGUCUGCUAUGCACUCCUAAAAUCAUCACCACUCCCCACUCCCACCUGUUCUCUGCUUCACAAAUGAAGUAUUCCCCUGCUUCAAAAAUGGAAUAUUCUUCUUUAGAUGAUUCAUUUGUUUGGCCCUCCCCAGCUCAAAAAAUGAAAUAUUCUGUUUCUCAUAAUAAUUGUAUGUACCAUGACUGAACUACAACCUCUGUAGAUAAAUGUAACAAUCAGCUUAGUAAUCAGAUGAGUUCCCUGGCUGUUUUUUUUUAACAUCUUGCUUCCCAUGAAUGAAAUUUUCCGUUUUGCAUGCCAUAUGGUGGUGUCCCAUGACAAUUUAGUUGAUUCAUGUUUCAUAAUUGCAUUCAGUGAAUUCAUUUGUAGAAUUCGUCUUUAUGCUGUGAUGUAUUGUGAGCAUUUCAUAUUAAAACAGAUAAAAUAACAUU